AUGGAAGGAGCAAAUGAGACCACCUAUGUUACAAGAUUUGUUCUCCUAGGACUUUCUGCCCAUCCAAAACUUGAGAAAAUUUUCUUUGUGCUAAUCCUAGUGAUGUACUUCAUAAUUCUUCUGGGAAAUGGUAUUCUUAUCAUAGUAACUAUCUAUGACUCCCACCUGCACACACCCAUGUACUUCUUCCUCGGUAAUCUCUCCUUCCUGGACAUUUGCUAUACAACCUCUUCUGUCCCUUUAAUUCUAGACAGCUUCCUCACCCCAAGGAAAACAAUUUCCUUCUCUGGCUGUACAGUGCAAAUGUUUCUAUCCUUCGCUAUGGGAGCAACUGAGUGUGUCCUCCUGAGCAUGAUGGCAUUUGAUCGCUAUGUGGCCAUCUGCAAUCCCCUGAGAUAUCCCAUCAUCAUGAGCAAAGUUGCCUAUGUGCCAAUGGCAAUGGGAUCCUGGAUAGCAGGAGCUGUCAACUCAGUUGUGCAGACAUCUCUUGCAAUGCAAUUGCCUUUUUGUGGUGACAAUGUCAUCAAUCAUUUCACUUGUGAGAUUCUAGCUGUCCUCAAACUGGCCUGUGCAGAUAUCAUAACCAAUGUGAUUAGCAUGGUAGUGGCAAAUAUGAUUUUUCUAGUUAUGCCAGUUCUCUUCAUUUUUGUUUCCUAUGUUUUCAUCAUUUCCACCAUUCUGAGGAUCCCUUCUGCAGAAGGAAAACGCAAAGCUUUCUCCACCUGCUCUGCCCAUUUGACUGUGGUUAUUAUAUUCUAUGGGACCAUCCUCUUCAUGUAUGCAAAACCUAAGUCUAAAGAUUCUCUUGGAGUGGAUAAACAACAAAUAUCAGACAAACUCAUCUCCCUGUUCUAUGGUGUGGUGACUCCCAUGCUCAACCCCUUGAUCUACAGUCUGAGGAAUAAGGAUGUGAAAACAGCUGUGAAGAAUAUGUUAACUCAAAAGCUCUUCACUGAGUGA